ACUGAGGACGAUCGAGUCGAGCCGAGGCCCGCCGAGCGGAGAGUGUUACAAUCGUGUUCGAGUGCGUGCGAGACGGUGGAACUAUGGUCGUGCGCCGGGGUGAUUUACCGUUUCUCGCUAGCAUUCCCGUCCCCGUCGCCGCCGCUGCCGCUGCCGCCGAGGGUGGCCGUGCUCUGUAAGGAUUCAAGUGCGUCGGCGGGCAAAGAGAGAGAGAAAGAGAGAGGGUUGGUCUCUCGGUGCGUGAAAAGCGGUUCACAAGGAUGCUCGUCCCUCUCGCGGACGUACGUGCGCGGCACCGGGACUACUGGAUGUAAAACAACGAGGGCCUAGGGGAGCCUUAAACGACGCGGCCCCGCGCGUUCUCCGCUUCUAGUGGUACACGCCUCGUCCUCGCGGGCAUGUCAGCGCGCUGAGCCCCAAAAUGGCAGCCACGUUAACCGCCGAGCAGGAGCAAGCUACGAAAGAAUUUAUAGAAGCUGUGAAUAGAUGUAGAGCCGGUAGACGUGCUGGGCCAGUGUCCUGGAGCACGGCGGUCAAGUUUUUAGCGGCACGGAAGUUUGAGGUUCAACGAGCUUUAGCUUUGUACGAGCAGCACGAAGCUACUAGGAGGAGAGAGGGAUUGGCAGUCCUGCAUCCUACUCAGGAACCUUUACUCAGCGAACUGUACACAGGAAAAUUUACUGUCCUGCCAUCAAGAGACGCAACAGGUGCAGCGAUAGCUAUUUUCACAGCGCAUUUGCAUCUUCCACAGAAUACUACACAUCAAACAACUCUGCAAGGUGUUGUAUAUCAAUUAGAUGCUGCCCUUGAAAGUGCAGAAACGCAGAAGCAUGGACUAGUUUUUAUUUAUGACAUGUCUGACAGCAAGUAUCAGAAUUUUGAUUACGACCUAUCUCAGAAAAUUCUGACACUUCUGAAGGGUGGCUACCCGGCAAAAUUAAAAAAGGUUCUGAUAGUGACGGCGCCGUUGUGGUUCAAGGCGCCCUUCAAGAUCCUUCGAUUAUUCGUUCGUGAAAAGCUGAGGGACCGCGUGUUCACAGUAUCCAUCCCUCAACUGACGUUGCAUAUCCCACGAGAAUCAUUACCCCAUCGUUUAGGCGGCACGUUGGAGGUACAGCAUGAAGCAUGGCUGCUACAUUGUCUUAAAUCCAUGACGAACCGAAGCGGGGGUGAACUGUGUGAGGUCACCCCAAGAGUAGAUACUCCUGUGUCGCCCACGGCGAACGAUAAUACAGUUCAUCAAAAUCCGAAUGGAACUACAACGCACAGUAGUUCGACUAGUCCUAUAAUCGAUAAGAACAAACAAGUGAAAAAUGGCGUGUCGAAUAUCGGCGACAUCGAGAUCACCGCGAAUGCUGACGCUUGGAUCGGAACCGACGAGGCGCCAUCCCCAGUUCAGCCUCCGUCCUCAGCUAGUUCUGGUUUUAGCGACGAUGACAGUCUUCACGGCGACCCUGGGCUUCAAGCCGUCACUAUGGAGCAAUUUAUAGCGGAUAUGCAUUCGCGAGGACGCGCUGGUCUCAUAGAAGAAUACGCGGAAAUUAGACAGAGACCGCCGGAUGGUUCAUUUAAUAAUGCAAAGUUAAGGUCUAAUCAAUCAAAGAAUCGCUACACCGAUGUGCUUUGUUACGACCACAGCAGAGUCUGCCUUUCACAAAUAGACGGAGAUCCGACGUCUGAUUACAUAAAUGCGAAUUUCGUUGACGGUUAUAAGCAGAAGAACGCGUUUAUCAGUACUCAGGGUCCUCUUCCGAAAACCUGCGGUGAUUUCUGGAGGAUGGUUUGGGAACAGCAAACAUUAGUCGUCGUCAUGACUACGAGAGUGGUGGAAAGAGGGCGUACAAAGUGCGCACAGUAUUGGGGUCCGGAACCAGGUGAUGAAGUACAAGCGGGUGGCUUCACCGUGACCACCCUCGAAGUCGAUACAAAUCCAGAUUACACAGUAUCCAUGCUUCUUCUUACAAACAAUAAGACUGAUGAGACGAGGGAGGUUUGCCAUAUGCGUUACACAGUGUGGCCAGAUUACGGUGUUCCUCAAUCGGCUAAAGCUUUACUACAGUUCUUGUCCUUAGUCAGGCAACAGCAGAGUAAAUUACUCGCUAGCAGGGGAGACACAUGGGCCGGACAUCCUCGAGGACCACCUAUAAUUGUACAUUGCAGCGCUGGCAUCGGAAGAACAGGCACAUUUUGCACCUUGGACAUUUGCAUAUCGCGACUAGAGGACACUGGAACCGUAGACAUACGAGGAACUGUCGAGAAGAUCCGAGCACAGAGGGCCUACAGUAUUCAAAUGCCAGAUCAGUACGUCUUUUGCCAUAGUGCUUUGGCGGAAUACGCACUUUCCAAAGGGAUGCUCAGUGCGCAGCAUCUCUCCAUGUUACCUCCACCGAUCGAAGAGGAUUCUGACUAAGAGAGUAACGAGUUCUAUCAUGUACCGGAUUGAUGUUCUUCCUGAGUAUGCGUAUAUAUAUAUACACUAUCCUUAAAAUAGCCUAUUUCUACCUUAAACGACUGAAAGUUAUUUUUUGCUAUCGUAUCCAUCGAUGUAAUGAUUGACUUCUCGCUAUUACGUCAGUCUUAAAUUAUAAAAUUUCCUAUGAAGCCGGAAAUUGAUCUUUCUUUUUCAAUGUCAAGUAAGCGAACAGAGAAUAUUACACAUUCCUGCUCUUCGUGCUCUGACAAAUUUUAUGUAAAGGUGCAUCAAAAGGCACUGAUCAAAGAAAUAUUUUACUAGUAUAAAAAUCUGGCACAAACAUUUUUGGAUCCUAUUUUAACUCUCUCAAAUGUAAAAUUACAACUUAAAUUCUUUAAGAGUUAAUUAUCACGAAAUAAAAUCUAAUCACAAAAUUAAAAAUUUAUACUUGUCAUGUAGCCUAAAUAUUUUAAUUUAUUAUAUCUAUGAUAUAUUAUCCUAUAAUCGAUGAAUUAUAAUUUUUUAUUUUUGCAACAAUGAUACGGAAAUGAGAGAUUUUUAAACAAUUUGAGAGAGUUGAAUUGUCGAUCUUGCUGAAAGAGAAGGAACCGAUAAAUAUAAAUAUAUAUAUAAAACUUCGAAAAUAUAUGAAAAAUAUAAAUGUGAUUAUAUACAUUAUAUAGUUCACAAAUUAUUACAAAUGUGGUUUGACAGUGGCCAUGAUAUAGCCACAAUUAUUUAAGAUUUUGAGAUUUAGAAGUAUUAUAACAUACGAUAAAACGGCUUCUGCCUUACGGAAAUGUAGAUUAUUUUAGAAAGUAACCAACAUAUUGAUAGAUGUUUUUGGGUAACCAAAGAUUAUCUGUUGCACAAAUUUAGAAAACCGAAAUUUUUUAAUGUACGUAAAAUUUGGUUAUAUAUACAAUCGCGCGGGAAAAAUUCCGUUUUACAGGGAUUAAUAAUCAGGGAUCAUGUUGUAGAUUAAAUAAUUUCCGACGCGACUAAAAAUGACGAAGCCUAACAAGUACAAGGCUUUAAAAAUUAAAUUAAGCCUUUACUUUAGUCGAAUAAACUUCGAGUUCAUCCGAUAACUAUAUGUAUGCAUAUAAAUAUAUGUUUAUAAACACACAUAUACAUAUAAGUAUAUGUAUAGUUAUACAUAUACAUAUAUAUACAUAUACGCUUCAUUAUGAAAAUCGUAACGAUUAAAAAUCGUGUAUACUUGCAAGCAUCAAACGUUUGAAGACAUUUUAAAAUCUAGGUUUAAAAAAAAAUCUCAUCACACGAUGACUAUGUAAAUUUUACCUUUAACGGAUACUACAAUUUAAUAAUAAUAAUUAAGAAAAAGACGCAAUUGACGGAAUACGAAAAACAGUUUAGACGCGUUAUAACAUUCUAGACGAUACGCGAUUUAAAUACAAAUUAAUUUUGUAUGUAACUAUGACAUAAUUAUUCUUCAGAUAUGUCUCAUACUUCCAAGGUAUUGCGAGAUGCGUGUCUUUGGUUCUGUGCGAUGUUCAUCCCGAUAAUAUGAUCAAGAAGCACGCAAAGAGUUUCAAAUAGUGCUACUUCGAAAUCUCUUGAUUGUUUUUUGAUUAUGAUUAUUACGAAGUUUAAGUGUGUACGUGUAACCUUGGAUAUAUGUUAAAAACGUUGUGUCCGAUCUGUGUUACUCGUAUCCAAUAAGUACUCGAAUCGUUUAUCCGUUGAAUGUGUGCGAGACCUCUGCAAGGAAGCUGCGACGUAAGCGACGAGUCUUCUUGCACCGGUCGCUCGAUGUUUAAUGAAUUACGAACUUUAUCGUGGGCUAUUAGUAUUGUAAAGCAUUGUGAUAGUCGGUAGAAGUCUCCGAAAAUUUCGUAUCUCUAUUCUUCCAAGUACUGCCAUUGCCAACUACGCUAAUUUCUAUUUCUAAUCACGCUGAGCUAAAUUUUUCGCGGCAUAAUCACAGUACGGCCGAACCGCCGUAUAUAUAUAUAAUAUCUACUAACUGAUUUGUAAUAAUUUAUUAAUAUUGUGUUAAGACACACGGUAUAUAUAGUGACGUAAUUGGUAUCAGACCGAUGAACGUGUGUAGGAUGCGGAAUCCCUUGACUGGGAUUUUUCUAUUUUCAAGUACACAAGGUGUUCGGAAAAACGUGCUUUAACGCGUUGUAGUGAAAAAACGUUUGCGGGAGAUCAAUCGCGAGCGUUUCGGUUUUCCGCGAAGUUUUCCGCUGUGGCGUUUUAUAAGACGAAUUUCCGAACACCCUGUGCGAUUCUAUAGUUUCACGGAGAGCGUCGUUUAAGGUCUUAUUUCGGCAGAACGGUAUAACAAAUGAAUUGUUGAAGAACGUCUUCGACUUUUAUACGAAACACGUAGGCGCUGUUGUACCGCAAGGAAGCUUAGUCACGUUUAAAUAAGUUAACGAUACUUCAACGUAAUAUUUAUAAGUUCCUCCUACUCUUAGGUUACCUACAAAGGGCAUAUUACCGAUAUUGAUUAUCGUUUACUACGUUAUUACGUUUACGUAAUCUAUUAUUAUUAUAAUCAAGCAUUAUCAUUUUUGUAUUUAUCCUAGCUAUUUAUUGUAUCAAUUGGUUUCAAUCUCCAUGUGAUGUAUAUAUACGCACAUAAUUAUCAUGUAUUUCUCAAUCUCCAUUCUUAACAGUGGCAUUCGUUUAGCGUUCUUUCUUUUCAUCUUUUUUUUGAGGGGGGGGGUCUCUUUUGUACAAAGCGCAAGAAAUAGAAAUCUAAUUUGGUGUUCGACCGUCUCGAUUAAGUGUGAAUGUACAGUGCGAUUUUAUAGCUAUUUUUGCGUGUGCCUCCCUCGUAUCGUAAUCUGUUAACGACGUAUCAAGCGACGAACCCGUAUGCGUCAGUGAAAGUUGUCAGAACGGGUACCAAAGUUUUUCGUAACGGACUCACGAACGGAACGAUUAAUUAACGCGCGGAGUAAAUAAACCAAGUGUAAUUGUACCGUAAUAUAUACGCGAACGCACUCGAGUGCGUGUGUUAAGCUUUGGAACUGAGGGUAGGUAGUCUAAAGUAAUCGACUCAACAGUAUUAUACCUCAUUAAAUAUUCGCGAUUCUUCUCUUCUCGCUAAAUCGAUUUUCUUUGCCGGCGUAAGUCCGUCGGAUAGUUGGGGUUUAUCGUCCACCUUUCCCUAUGAAUGCAAAUAGAUGACUUGAACGAGAAUAAAGAUGAGACUUAAUCGAUCGUCACGAUAAAAUCUAAGCGAAAGAGGUUCAUUAAGAGGGGAGGAUGUAAGAAUAUGCUAAUGCUAAUAAUAUGCAAAUGUUACGCGAAGUGGACUGUAAACUCGCAAACUUCCGAUAUUCCGACUUUCAUUCCUUCAACGCGUUUUAAGUUGCGAACUUGUACGAUUGUUGCUACGUCUUGCGAUUUGUUUCGGUAAUUUGCACCUGUAACGUACUCGCUAUUUGUAGACCUUGAGGAUUCGUCAUCGAUAUUACACGUCUCUGUAUCAAGGAAUAUUGACGGAAGGGGGUUGAUAUAAUCGACUAAUUAUUUAACGCGAUAGACGCCCAUUUUUGUAUGACAAUUAAUGCGAAAAAAGCGGAAAGAGCUGCAAUAGACAAAGCCAAUGUUUUAUGUGUAUAUCCGGUGUAUGCAAUACGUGUCAUAAUAAUUAAGAUUCUCGCGAGGUGAAGAAAAAAAUUGUUAAAAUAUUAUGAAAAUGGAGAAAGUAAAGCAGCGAGGGAAAGAAGAAAAGAAAAGUGUAUAUAGAAAUGAUAUGACUUUAAAUUACUAUCGCACACAUUGUAUCUAAUUAAUAAUUAUUUAAUAUAUUGCAAAUAUAAAUGGUACAAAUUC